UCCCUUUCCUUAACAAACCUUUUCACUUGUGGCACACUAACCUCAUACACAAUGGGUUCGUGUGGAACGACUUUCACAGUUGGUGUUAAGAAGAGAGACAACAUUGCAGCCGCCUUGCCGGUCCAGGAACACCGGCUACCAAUGUCCAACCUAGACUUACUCCUUCCGCCACUGGAUGUUGGAGUUUUCUUCUGUUACAAGAACUCUCUUCCACUCGAUGAGAGCUUGAACAUACUCAAGAAAUCACUUGCAGAAGCUCUGGGGCCGUUUUACCCGCUUGCUGGUGAAAUUGUACAAAACAACCUCGCUGAACCCGAGUUGCAUUGUAACAACCGCGGUGUGGAUUUUAUUCAUGCACAUGCCGAUGUGGAACUUAAGAACAUUGAUCUUUACCACCCUGACGAAUCUGUAGAGAGAAAGCUUGUUCCACGUAAAAAACAAGGUGUUCUUACAGUUCAGGUCACCGAGCUAAGAUGCGGAGGUUUAAUAAUUGGAUGCUCAUUUGAUCAUCGAGUAGCCGAUGCAUAUUCAAUAAACGUGUUCUUGGCUGCGUGGGCUGAAAUUGCUCAAUCGAAAUCAAUUUCCAGUCUUCCAUCUUUCAGGCGUCCCAUGCUUAACGCUAGACACCCACCAGUGGUUAACACCUUCUAUGACAAGCUAUACCUUCCUUUAUCAUCUCUCCCCCCACAAUGGUCAUGUUUACCGACCAAUCCCCUCAGAAGCCGAAUAUACUACGUGGAGGCCAAAGACAUCAGUCACCUUCAAUCCAAAUCAAGUUUUAAUGAAAAUGCAAAAAGAAGCAAACUUGUAUCAUUUACUGCAUUUCUAUGGAAGUUAAUUGCAGAAUGUGAAGACGGUUUCAACACUUGCAAAAUGGGCGUUGUUGUUGAUGGGAGAGGAAGGAUGGAUAGGAUCAGCUUUGAUAAACUCUCUCUGCCAAAUAACAUGUCAUUAUCAAUGCAAAACUACUUUGGAAAUGUACUUUCUAUACCUUUUGGUGAAGCAAACUCGAGUGAGCUUAAGGAGAUGCCACUCAAUCUAGUAGCUGAGAUGGUCUAUGAGUUUGUGUCUCCUGCAAUGACCGAGGAACAUUUUCUGGGACUCAUUGAUUGGGUUGAGUUGCACAGACCCGAGCCAGCAGUUGCAAAUAUAUAUGCCAAAAUGGACGAAAACGAUGGUGAAGCCAUAGUGGUGUCUUCAGGGCAGCGCUUUCCAGUAAAUAGUAUAGACUUCGGAUGGGGUAAGCCACAUUUCGGGUCAUAUCAUUUUCCGUGGGGUGGGGAAACUGGGUAUGUAAUGCCAAUGCCGAGUACAAAGAAGAAUGGAGAUUGGAUAGUUUACAUGAAUCUUCUACAAAAGCAUUUGGACUUGGUUGAGACCAAGGGAAGGAAUGUGUUUAAACCGUUAACUCCAUCAUACCUGAACCUCUAAUGCCAAUCCCCUAUUAUUUUAACACGCCUUUGUAAUAAUUUAAGUUUGUAUGCAAGCCGAUCUAUCUUUUUAGUAAAACAAAAUAUGU